AUGUCAGGGAUCCCCCGAGGACUCUCUCCUACUUAUCCUGCCGAUCCCGAUCCGGGUUUCAGUCACAAUCUCCGGCUCCCCCCAGCCCGGCUCCCACCCCCCCUUGUUAGCAGCAGCGAGGGCUCCACUGACAGCCCCGAAACAGUCACCAUCCCAAGCGAGCAGCGCUACUCAUACUCCGCCGCGCAUGCGCAACCCGCUUCCCGGAGACAGAGCCGGCAACCUGGCCCUGCACUGCCACCAGCGCCCCAUCCAAUCAGCGCACAGCGAGCACGGGAGGGGCGGGGCUACGAGCUGUUGGUGGACAACCCACUCGUAGGCGGGGCUAUGAGCACCCAGCGGCCAUCUUUGUAUGGGGCAAGCCAUUAG